AUGUUUGACAUCAAAUUAAAUGUGCCCCUUAAAGAGGCAUUAGGUGAAUUAAAGGAGAAAGCUAAGGACCCACUUCGAAAAGAAAUCGAUACCUUAUUAAACAAUGGAUACAUUCCGAUGAAGACGCUUUUAAAAUAUCACUCUGAAUACUGGAAGAACCAAAUACCAAUGAGACAAUUACUCAAUCCAAUAGAGUUCCAAUUUAAAGAGAAAUACCAACCUGGGUCCACUUAUUCCCCAGAAUUCAAGAAACAAUUAGAAACAUUGAAAUUAAAGCAAGAGGAAUUAGACUAUCAAAAUAUGAUUAAAAAUGAAAGGAAAACUUUGCAAAUCAUUAAAGAAGAGGGAGAAACUUUGACCCCAGCUCAGAUGAAUAAGCAAAUAAAAGAACAAGUGACCACCAUUUUCAAUAUUUUUGUUAGUGUCAUAUCUGUCGUAUUCGCUAUCUGGUAUUGGACUGGUACGUCGGCACAUAUGCCUGUUCAUUACCGACUACUACUUUGUAUUUUUACAGGUAUUCUAGUACUGGUUGCAGAAGUUGUAGUUUAUAACAGUUAUCUAACAAAAAUUGAUUUGGCAAAAUCACAAGAGAAAAAGAAGAAAGAACAGAAAAAGGUCCUUAAGAAGAUUGUUCUGUGA